UGACCUCCGGCAACUGGCAAUCAGAAGCGGACUUUUCCGCGUUCCCCCAAAGACACUGUCGAUUCGUGAUGGUUCUGCCGGCUGUCACCCUGCGGCGAGCUGGACAGCGAGCGCUCUCCGACCGCACGGGGCAGCGGGAACAGAGCGCACCGGCCGCCUCGGGCGCCGGGUCCUCAGUCCCCAGUCCUAGGCCUCGGUUCCGGGGGCCCAGGGCUCUCUUCGUCGUUUUGGCUGUCCUGCUGUCGAUUGCACCUGCCUCGGCCACACCCAUAGGGCAGGACAGAUUUGGCCAGCAAUCAGCCGCCCCACAGGGAUGGAAAGGCAGCCGCUUGGAGAAGCUGUGUCCACCAGGAUUCCAUAUGGAGGAAGCCAGUGGAGGUUGCACACCAUGUAUAGAUGGGGUGGAUUACACCAAUUAUUCAAACGCCCUCUCUGCUUGCCUACGUUGUCGGCCUUGCAAAUCAGGGGAAGAAGAGAAAAGCCCCUGCACCUCAACCAAGGACACUGAGUGUCAUUGCAAACCUGGCACUUUCCGUAAAGAAGACGCGCCAGAAUUCUGUUACAGGUGCAGCACCCGGUGCCCUGAUGGGAUGGUCGUGGCCAAGCCCUGUAGCCCCUUCAGUGACCUCAAAUGUGUGGACCAAAAAUCAGGUACCCAGGCCAGUGGGGAGGCCCCGGUUCCUGGAGAGCCAGUGACCAUGCGACCAAGACUGUCCACCACUCCCUCUCCCUCCUCAGGCAAUUCACUGCUGUACACUGGAAUCGGAAUCGCAGUCGGAAUCGGAAUUGUCCUCCUGCUUGCUCUCUUGUGCUACAAGGUUAAAGGUUGUCGUGUGGACCCUAAGUGGAAGGACAGGGUCCUUUUCUGGCGCUCACAUCCCUUAAGAGGUCCUGAGGCUCUGGACAAUGCCCACAACAAUAUGCUGAGCAGUAGAGAUUCGUUGACCUAUCUGGUCCCUAAGCAGGAGGUAGAAGAACGGAUAAAACCAACAGAUGUCACGGCCCAGUCCCAGGGGGAAGCAAAGUGUCUGCUGGAUCCAGCAGGAGCUGAAGGGUCUCAGAAAAGAAGAAAGCUGCUGGUUCCAGCAAAUGGCGCGGACCCCACUGAAACCCUGAGACUGUUCUUCGAUGACUUUGCAACCAUGGUGCCGUGUGACCUCUGGGAUUCGCUCAUGAGGAAGCUGGGUCUCACGCAAAAUGAGAUCCAUCUGGUCAGACAAGGGGUCCGGGUCCCUCGAGAUGCCUUGUAUGAAAUGCUGGAGACCUGGGUCAGGAGCAAGGGACGGCAGGCAUCAGUCAACACCCUGCUGGACGCCUUGGAAACACUGGGGCAAAGAUUGGCAAAGGAGAGAAUUCAGGACCACCUGCUGGACUCGGGAAAGUACGUCUAUGAAGAUGGUGAAGCAGGCUCUGCUGUGUCCUGAGUGAGGACCUCAGUCAUCAGAUGAAGACACUUUUUUUUGGAAUAGACUUUUGCACUUUUUACUUGUAUUUAUAUUUUUUGUUUGUAUUUAUCAUUCAUGUUGAUAUAUAUGCAUUUAAUGAUGUGUAACUUGUAAUACACGUCAUUAAAGUGCAAACAUAUUGCGAGUCUUUGUACUUUUAUAUGUAUAUAAUUUAUGUAAGUUUUGGAAAUAUAGUUUCCAAAAAUGUUGUAAAUAUAGUUUCUAGGUUGUUUAUGUGGGUUACCUGUAUGAGAACUGGCAAUCAAAAACAAAUACAAAAGGAGGGAAUUCCCUGGCAGUCCAGGGGUUAGGCCUCUGUGCUUUCACUGCUGAGCGCUGGGUUCAAUCCCUGGUUAGGGAAGUAAAAUCCUGCAAGCCAUAAGGCAAAACAAAAAUGAAAACAAAAACAAUCAAACAAAAACUAACAAAACAACAAAAACAAAAAAGGAAAGAAAAGGAGAAAAAGCCCACUUCUGGGGGAGCAUUGGUGGAAUCAAUUCUCCCUCAAAGGAAGUUUGGCUACUUUUGGAUACCUGGUGACUUCUACAGGGCCCACUCUUUUAUUUUAUUUUAAACAUUUUUUUGGCUGUGUUGGGUCUUUGUUGCUGUGCGUGGGCGUUCUCUAGUUGUGGUGAGCAGUGGCUUCUCUUGUUGCAGAGCAUGGGCUCUAAGAACUCAGGCUUCAGUAGUUGUGGCUCACGGGCUUUGUUGCUCCAUGGCAUGUGGGAUCUUCCCAGACCAGGGAUGGAACCCGUGUCCCCUGCAUUGGGAAGUCCACCAGGGAAGUCCCCCACUUCUUUAACUAUGUCAGUUUUAUACUGUGUGAAUAUUUAUAUUAUUUCUAGGUAGAUGUUUACAAGUGAGCAGAGAGUGAGGGGAGUAGCAUCCACGUGCAUCCCUGUGUCUGGUGUCCGUGAACUGGGCUGUCAUGCCCUGGCCUCCUCCUGUUCAUCUGGGUGCUUGGGUGGGACGUGGGUUAGAUGUGAGUGUCAAAUAGUUUCUAUGUCACGUCUGGGCUUAUUAGUGAAUCUUCAGUUCUAUCUGGGCUCAGGGGAGAAAGGACAGGGAUCUGCCACGGUCUCUGGGAGGAAGAGUGGACGGACUCAUGGGUUGUGUUCAAUGUUGGCUGAAUCUGAGCCCAGAACUGCUUUUUGGAGUCUGAAUGUCUAAUUAAGCAUCUCAGCCCCUCUGUAAGCUUUGGUCUUCUGCAGAAGAGACACAGAAAUACUAAUUCUUAAAUACUGUGAGAAUGAACCUAAAAUGGCUGCUAUAUUAGGAUUUGGUCCUUUUAUUGUUUUUAAAAAAUCUCACUUUUGCUAAACCCUUCUCCAUAGUGUUUCAAUUACCGAAGGAUAAUUUAAUGGUGGAAACAAUUCUCAGGGGUUUUUUUGAUCUAUUCCAUCUCAAGGCUUUGUGUGUGGUCUUCCCCAAGGUUGAUGUGGCAAGUGUGGCCAAAACUGGAAUUACCUGAAAUUUAGGCACAUCAGGAUAUAGCGUGUGGAGUCCACUUGCUUUAGAAGGGCCGACCCCCGUGGUCUUGGUGCUACAUCCCCCUGGCCCUGACAUCCCUCCCUUUCCUGGAAGUCAGGUGUUUCCUGCCUUUGCUGUGCCUUCUGUGCAGGACACUUCGCCUUCAUCUUCAGAGGGAAAUACAAAUGAAUUCUUGUCAAUCAAGUGACAGGUCACUUGUCCCUUUCUCAGAGGACUUCCUUAGGUGCCUAUCUAAGGUAUUAGCCUUGUCAAUAUUUGUCAUGUAUAUUCAUUUCUUCACGUGUUUAUUGUAUGUUUUACAAAAUGACCAUGCCUUGCAUCAUAUAUUGCUCUAUGCCAGAGCAAAUAUGAUACUUUUAAAGCUUUACUUGAAUGUUACAUGUCUCUCCUCAAUGAGAGGACUCCGGACCCCUUCUUCUUUUUUUUUUCCACUUUCCUUGAUUCAUUACUUUCUUUUUUUUUUUUUUUUUUGAGGACCCCCCUUCUUGAAGAUUUUGUUAGAAAUAUCAAACGAUACGAGAAAGGUCAUUAGGUACAAAAUGCUCAUGUGUUUAUGAAUUCAUGACCAAAUUAAAUAUGCAAUGUUAUAUAAAAAUUUUUAUAAUUUUAUAUACCUAGGCAAUUUUAUGAAUUUG